GUGGAGCGAGCCACAGAGAAGAUAGGAUGCACACGGGCGAGGUGGUCUACGCUUCGUUGGAGGUGCUCGUAGCCAUCUGCUGCAUUGUGGGAAACGCCCUGGUCAUCGUGGCUGUGCAGACAACCAAAAGUGUCGGGCAGGCCACCUUCUGUCUGAUCGUGUCGCUGGCGGCGGCUGAUUGCGCGGUGGGCCUCGUGGCCAUCCCGCUGGCCGUGCUGGUGGACGGCAGGGUGAGCACGUCCUUUGGCGCCUGCCUCUUCAUCAGCUGUGUGGUCAUCCUGUUGACCCUGGUGUCCAUUUUAUCCCUCUUGGCUAUUUCGCUGGACCGCUUUCUCCGGGUGUACGUCCCGCGCAGGUAUAAAAGGACGGUCACACAAAGACAUUCACGGUGUGCCGUCGCUGCGUGUUGGCUUCUCGCUCUGCCUCUGAGUUUCGCGCCCAUGCUGGGCUGGCACAACCAAGACGUGACUUCCCCCAACUCCACGUUCACCUGCCAGUUCAUCGCUGUGAUUCCCAUGUCCUACCUGGUGUAUUUCAACUUCUUCCUCUGCAUCCUGACUCCGCUGUUAGUCAUGUCGGCGCUGUACGGCUACAUCUUCUGCGUCAUUCGCGGCAGCCUCAGAGAAAAGCCGGGCAACGGUGUCCAGGCCAAAUCUCACAUCUACCUGAAGAAAGAGAGGCAGUUGGCGGGUUCUCUUGUCCUGGUCCUGGCCCUCUUUGCCCUCUCUUGGAUUCCGCUGCAUGUGCUGAACUGCAUUGCCUACUUUGAAAUAGCCACGGUGCCGGUGAGCGCUUUCCACGUGGGUAUCCUGUUGUCUCACGCCAACUCUGCCGUGAACCCGGUGGUGUAUGCCUUUAAGAUACGCAAGAUCAGGGCGGCUUACCUGGAGAUCUGGAGGAGAUACCUCGCAUGCAGGGACGAGCUUCAAGGCUCUCAGUCCAGCCAGACCACAGACAACAACCAAAGUAGCAACAGUAUGGACAACAAUGUGCAACUACAUGCCAAAAUUAGUUACCUUGUGGAAAAUUGACUUUUUACACCAACAUAUAGUGACAACAGGUUGAAAGCUGUGCUAUCAUGAAGGCCGUUGAAACAUAAAGCUACAGCUAUUCCGCCAUCUGCUGGUUUUUUAGAGUGCCUGAUAUGCAACGCUGUUUAUUUGCAUACUCACCCAUUCCAUUAGGAUAAGUUGCUUGGGAAAGUGACUUUCAUUCAGUCUUUUGAGUCCUCAAUAUAACUGCAUCAUUGUGUGGUACUUGGGGGAUGCUGAGGGUGGAAGCCAAACUUUCAUGUUAAAAUAUAAUUCAUUUUAACAUGUUUAGACAACUAAAUAAAAUCGAAUAUAUUGCAAUAGAAUCGAAUAGAAUAGAAAAAAAAAUACCCAACCACAUAUAUCUCAGGCUGAGUUAGCAACCAAUCAGCUGUUAACUUUUAGCAACUUCUUUACCAUCUAUCCAUCAAAGUAUCACUAGCUGAGUCAAAAAUAUAUAUUUCUUUAAGAUGAAGAUACAUUUCUCCAUGUUCCCUCACUUUCUUAUCGUGAUGUGUACGCUCGCUGCAAUCAGCACUAAUGCAUCCAUCUGCCAAUUAAAGAUAUAUUCAAAAAG